AUGGUUGCGUUACUAGCAUUUUUAGUCCCUUUAGUGGAGGUUAGUUUAAAGAUUGGACAAUGGUUGUGUGGUCCAGUUAAAAACCAACAUGGGUAUCUUUUUAACUACAUAUCUAACAUUGGGAAACUUAGAGAUGGUGUCGAAGAUCUUGAAAAUCGUAGAGCUAGUGUUCAGCAUUCAGUUGAUGCUGCCAUGAGAAAUUUAGAGGUUAUCAAACCAGACGUAUUGGCAUGGAUGAAUGGAGUUGAUGAGUUGAAGAAAGAGGCAGAUAAAGUUUUACAAGCUACUACAACGGAUUCGGUUCAGAAAUGGUUCUGGUGUUUUUGUGGUCGAUUUCAAAAUAUCAAAUCACGGUAUUCACGGAGUAAGAAGGCUGUGAAGAUGAUGGAAGAUGUGAAACAACUCCAGGAGAAGUACAAAUUCACUAACGUUUCUAAUCCUCCAUUGCCUGUAGAAAUCACAGAUUUCAACCAUUUGAGUUAUUCUGAAGGGUUUGGAUCAAGGGUCUCGAUUAGAACUGAAAUCAUGGAAUCUUUGAAAGAUGACGCUGUUUGUGUGAUUGGGGUAUGUGGAAUGGGUGGCGUGGGGAAGACAACAAUGGCAAAAGAAGUCGGAGCAAGAGCUAAGUUAGAGCAUCUAUUUGACGUCAUUAUCAUGGUAGAUGUCACUCAAGCACCCAACAAGAACACAAUUCAAAAUAAUAUCUCAGAACAGUUGGGAUUAAAACUGCAAGAAGAGAGCUUGUUGGUAAGAGCAGCUCGGAUAAGUGCGAGGUUAAAAAUGCUUACAAGGGUGCUGGUGAUAUUAGACGAUAUAUGGUCAAGGCUUGACAUGGAGGAACUUGGGAUUCCCUUUGGAUCAGAUAGACAACACCACGGCUGCAAAAUCUUGUUGACUUCAAGAAGUAUUAGUGCUUGUAACCAGAUGAGAGCUGAUAGAAUCUUUAAAAUACGAGAAAUGCCACUGAAUGAAGCAUGGCUUCUUUUCGAAAGAACAGCUGAAAAAGCUUUUCACCCAGAUCCGAAUCUGCAUCAAGUAGCAAGAGAUAUCGUGGAGGAGUGUGGUGGGUUGCCACUUGCCAUCGUGACAAUUGCAAGAGCUCUUGAGAGCGAGAAGGACAAGUCUAUGUGGGAUGAUGCGCUUCAGAGACUAAGAAGCUACGACCUUGAAGGAGAGUAUGCUUCUGUGUACUCGAGUCUUGAAGUGACUUACAAUUUUCUAGAAAGUGAUGAAAUGAAACACGUGUUUCUUCUAUGUUGCUUGUUUCCUGAAGGUCAUGAUAUUUCCAUCGAGGAUUUGCUAAGGCUUGGGUUAGGGUUAAGUUUGUUUAAGAAGACAACUGGGGUUAGUGAAGCUAGGAUCCGAAUAAAUGCUUUUGUUCAGAAACUAAAGAAUUUGAACUUGUUGUUAGAUGGAAGUGAUCAUGAACAAUCUGUAAAAUUGCAUGAUCUAGUACGUGAUUCUGGUCUUAAGAUUGCUUCCAAGAACAAACAUGUUUUUGUUGUCAAACAUGGUGAUGGAUUAACGUUUUGGCCAUCUGAGCUCACUGACGAAUGUUGCACUUCCAUCUCUCUAAGAUGCGAUGAAAUGUUUGAACUUCCGGGCAGGCUUAACUGCCCGAAACUCGAGCUUUUGCUUUUGAUUGGUGGAAAUCACCCGUUGGAGUUCCCGACUGGUUUUUAUGAAGGUAUGACUGAACUCAAAGUGAUAGUUCUUAGGGGAAUGUUAGUUCAACUUCAAUCCUAUCCUGUAUCAUUUGAAGUCUCGAGCAAACUCCGAAACUUGUCGUUAGAAUACUGCACUUUUGACAAAACUAGUGAUAUAUCAAUGAUAGGAAAUCUACUAAAACUGGAAACUCUAAGCUUUCUACACUCCGAUGUUAAAGAAUUACCCGAAGAAAUUGGAAAGUUAAGCCAAUUAAAAGUACUUGAUCUAACAGGGUGUGGAGAUCUCUUUAAUAUAGCUCCUGGAGUUUUGAAUAGUUUGAUCCAAUUAGAAGAAUUAUACAUGAGUGGAACCCUUGUAAGUUGGCCUGAUGAACAAAUCACAACAUGUAUUACAGAACUCAACUCGUUAUCUAUGUUGACUGCGUUAGAGAUUGAGCUAUCCAUUUAUGAUCUUCUUCCACAUGACUUCAUCUUCAAGAGGCUAAAAAGAUUCAGGAUAUGUAUUGGGUUUUCCAUUGAGAGCAAGAUGUUUCAAAACAUGCUGCAAGUACGCUUUCCAGCUCACUGGAGAGAUGGUGGAAUAGAAGUUCUAUUCAACAGAACUGAAAUCUUGCAUUUACAUGGUUGGCGUUUGUUAACAAAUUCAAGCCUCAAGAAUCCUUCAAGAGCCAACUUUUUGAUGUUGAGAAACUUAAAGCUAGAACGUUGUGAUUUGUCCUAUUUGACAGAAAUAUGUCAGGGCCAAAACCAUGUUGUGGGUGAAAUUACAGUCGAUGAACCUGAUCACCAGCUUCCUUUGUUUGAGAAUCUACAUGAUCUUGAAAUUAUACGAUGUGUUAAUUUAAGACGUGUUUUCUCUCUAUCUGCUCCAACGGAUUUUCGUAAGCUUGAAAGUCUCAAGAUUAUUGGGUGUGAAAUGAUAGAAGAAAUUUUCUUGAGGAAGAAAGAUGAAAAAUCUGUUGUUGAGAUUCAGCUUUUAAAUCUGAAAUCCUUGAUUCUUGAAGAUCUCCCGCGUCUAACUGGUUUUUGCAAAGACGUUUUUUCAUUUGCGACUCCUCAACUGUUGGAAUUCCGGCUGCGCAACCUUCCUAAGCUUCAGUCAUUAAAUCAAAAGAUUCUUUCAACUAUGCAACUGAAGGUUUUAUCAGUUUCCAAGAUGAAGAUCAACGAGAUACAGAACCAUCUUCUUCCUGUUUCAUGUUUUGUCAACUUAAGGGUAAUGUCAUUGUGCUACUGUGAUGAUCUAUCAAGUGUCGUUCUUUCUGGGCUUUUACAAAAGCCAAAGGAUCUCAAAGUACUACGUAUUGAACGUUGUCAUAUGGUAGAAGUGGUCUUCGACAUAGAUAGGUUGAUAAGAGAAGAUCAUGAGGUGCUUAAAAAUCUGAGCGACUUGGAGCUCGAACAUCUGCCUGCGAUGACACAUAUCUGGAAGCAUGGCCCUGAAACUUUCGUAGGGUUUCAGAAUCUGACUAAACUCUCAGUAGCUAGUUGUCAUAAGUUAACUUACAUACUCUUGCCUUCAAUAGCCACGAUUCUUUCACAUCUUCAAGAAUUAUCCAUAACUGAAUGCCGGAAUCUGACAGUGAUUCUCAAGGAAGAAGAUGAACAUAAGGCCACCGAAUUAACAAGUGAGAGUCAUGAACUAGUGUUCCCUCGAUUGAAAUCGCUAGACCUCAUUGAUCUUCCAUGCCUAAGGUGUUUCUACUCCUCGGGGUUGCAUGGCUUUAUAUGGCCAUUACUUGAAUCGGUGUGGAUUGAUUGUUGCAAGGAGAUGAUGGUUUUCACUGCUGGAACCUCAAACACACCGAAGCUUAGGGAAAUUUCAAUUAAUGGACAAAAUCAUAAUAUGGAAGGAGACAUAAACACCGAUCUAAGGUGGCUACAACAACAGUUGAAUGAUGGUAACACAAGUGAUUCUACCUUCACAAGCUCACUCGUGGAAUGACUACCUAGCUCAACAGGGGGAGUCAAAUAUCAAAAUCAAUGUAGCCAUGGAAGACAAAUCUCCUUCCUGUUGUAUCUGUCUAUUGGUUCAAGGUUCAUAAUUAUGGAAUAUAUUAUAUAUUGUAUUAGGUUAAUAUCCGUUAAAAAAACAUUAUUGAUAAUUUAAAAU